ACUGCCUCCCCCUCUCUUUCUCUCCUUGUCCUUGUGCGACGUAGCAGUCACACAUUCCCUGCUUCCAGUUUCAUAUAUUUAACAAUUAUUGUGUUUAUAUUGGGACGAACGAGGAUAUAUUUUUAACGUUGUUUUUUUGUUAUUUUUUUUAGUGGGGGAGCUGGAUGAUGGACGAGCGAGCCCAGAGGAUUUUUUUGGGGAGUGCGGUGUUGGGACUCGACGACAUGACUUUGCAGCACCAGCAGCGGCAUUAAAAAAAGGGAAAAAAGCAAUAAAUAAUCCAGCAUCUUUAUUUUCAUCUCGUCGCUUUCUGGAUUUUGACUAUUAAUUGGACACGAUGGCUCACCUGAUCCGCCACAAGCUGACCAACAAGCUGACUAACGCGGCCCACACAGUCUCCAACAAGUCCCAGGCCAAGGUCAGUGGCGUGUUCGCCCGCCUCGGCUUCCAGGCCGCCACGGACGAAGAGGGCGUGGGCUUCGCCGAGUGCGACGACCUGGACUAUGACUACCGGCAAGGCAUGCAAAUGGACACCUUCCAGGGAGGGGAUGACGACGGCGGACAGGAAGGCCUCGAGGCCGGGGACAGCCACUACCAGAGGGAUGGCACCGGACCCAGGCCCCCGUCCCUCAAGACUGGGGGUUCCCUGGAUGAGGACAAGCCCAAAAUCACGUCCUGGGAGGCUGGAUGGAACGUCACUAAUGCCAUUCAGGGCAUGUUCGUCCUCGGCCUGCCCUACGCCAUCCUGCACGGCGGCUACCUGGGCCUCUUUCUCAUCAUCUUCGCGGCGGUGGUGUGCUGCUACACAGGCAAGAUCCUCAUCGCCUGUCUGUACGAGGAGAACGAGGACGGUGUCAAGGUGCGCGUCCGCGACUCCUACGUGGAUGUGGCCAACGCCUGUUGCACACCACGCUUCCCUGCGCUGGGCGGCCACGUGGUCAAUGUGGCGCAGAUUAUUGAGCUGGUGAUGACGUGCAUCUUGUAUGUGGUGGUGAGUGGCAACCUGAUGUACAACAGCUUCCCGGGUCUGCCCGUCUCUCAGAAGGCCUGGUCGGUGGUGGCCACGGCGGCGCUCCUGCCCUGCGCCUUCCUCAAAAACCUGAAAGCCGUAUCCAAGUUCAGCCUUCUAUGCACGGUGGCCCACAUCGUCAUCAACGUCCUUGUGAUCGCCUACUGCCUCUCCCGUGCGCGGGAGUGGGCCUGGGAGAAGGUCAAGUUCUACAUCGAUGUCAAGAAGUUCCCCAUCUCCAUUGGCAUCAUUGUCUUCAGCUACACUUCGCAGAUCUUCCUGCCGUCGCUGGAGGGCAACAUGCAACGGCCUUCCGAGUUCCACUGCAUGAUGGAGUGGACGCACAUCGCCGCCUGUGUCCUCAAGGGCCUCUUCGCCCUGGUGGCCUACCUGACGUGGGCUGACGCCACCAAGGAGGUCAUCACAGAUAACCUGCCCUCCGCCAUCCGUGCCGUGGUCAACAUCUUCCUGGUGGCCAAGGCGUUGCUCUCCUACCCGCUGCCUUUUUUCGCUGCUGUGGAAGUCCUGGAGAAGUCGCUGUUCCAGGAUGGCGGGCAAGCCUUGUUCCCCAACUGCUAUGGCCCGAGCGGCCAGCUCAAGUCCUGGGGUCUGGGGCUCCGUGUGGGCUUGGUGGUGUUCACUCUGCUUAUGGCCGUCUUUGUCCCGCAUUUUGCCCUCCUCAUGGGCCUCACCGGGAGCCUGACAGGCGCCGGCCUGUGCUUCCUGCUUCCCAGCCUCUUUCACCUGAAGCUGCAGUGGAGGAACCUGCUGUGGCAUCACGUCUUCUUCGACGUGGCUAUCUUUGUCAUCGGGGGCAUUUGCGCCGUAUCGGGCUUCAUCCACUCCAUUGAAGGGCUCAUAGAAGCUUUCAAGUACAAUAUCCAAGACUGAGAGCUUUUUUUCGUUGUUGUUUUUCACCUUUAAUCCCAAACCUGCCCCAUCGCUACCUGACCAGGCAGGUGGGAGCACUCGUCGAGAGGAAGAAGAAGCUCACAAGGAGGAUUAUGUUGUGUGAAUUGUACAUCUUUUUAUUUUGCCUUUUGUGAUGACGUGCAAUAAUAAACUCUACAAUCAUGGUGUAAAAUAGUCUCCUUUGUGGACGGCGAAGACACUGUGUCCUCAAGUCACGUGUGUAUGUGUUUAUAGUUGGGCUGCGUAUGUCACGUAUGUGCAAAACAAAGGCGUUUGUUUGCUGUUGUUACCUAUUUGAGCUGCUACUAGGCUUUACGUCCACACAUAAACAAGUAUUUUUGAGAAAUCUUCACACUGGAACCUCUUCAAUGAUUUUUCACCAUUGGAAAUAAUCUGUUCUGUGGUCAAACUGCGGCCACCUUUAUGUUUUAACUGACAUUUUAACAUGCUUAACUGUCAUACAAGUGUCAAGUUAACCAAUGCUGUCUCAAAUGGAAUACUACCAUUAGCACACUUCAAUAAGUAUACUGUGCAUACUAUGUCUGUGUCUCAAUUUGCGUGCUUCCAUACUUAUACUUGUCAUUUUAUGUGCAUAAGUGCAUUGACACUGACAGGUACGGCAAAACCGUACCACCAGGGAUCUAAGUAUGUGGUUUACAUAGAAUACAUAUUGAAGUGUACUGAUGGAAGUAUUCGAUUUGAGACACAGCUUGUGUACUUUAGAUACAUGAGUACGUGUCUAUGAGUGGACAAGACUUUCUACCAAGUGGUAUAGUUCGGUACAGGUUGGAACAUUAAAUCCAGAGUGGGGUGCUUAGGCAGGAUGUUCCGUGGCUAAACUACGUAAGGCUUCAGUGUAUUCAACGAAGAAGAAGAUGGCCAUACGCUGAAUGAUAUUUUGUCUACGAUAAUGGUAAUAUCACGAUACAAACAUUAUGUGAUAUUCAAUAUACUGGGGGGGGGGGCAUUAACGAUACUUCACAAUAUUCAUUUAAUUCAACAAUAUACUUGGAUGUCGGAUACUUUCAGUAUGUUGGUGUAUUGUGAGUGAUAACAAUGCAGUAUAUCGUGAUAUUGAUGCAAUACUGUAAAUGCUCUAAUUAUACAAAUUUUAUUUACAACAAAGUGUUAAUUUAUAAGCAGGAGAUAAUUGGGAAAGGGUGUUGAAAAGUCAUUAUGUAUAACAAGAUCAUUUUUUAACUUUAAUAAUGGUUGGGAGUGCAUGAGAAAGUGGAAAGGUAAAAUGUAGCUCUUUGACCGACAUCGUCAUUUAUUAGCAAGUUUUUGCGACAACAGAACAAAUGCUGUAAUAGCAGCAAGGAGCAAACUGCUCAGGCAGCCAGGGUUGGCAUAUAGCGGGUGAAAAGUUAAGACAAGUCUAAGGGCCCCUGUCAUAACUGCUCUCCAAGGCGGUCCCAAUGUUAUUUUUUUCACGAGGCCCUGCAGACCGCAUUAAUAGAGCUGAUGUUGCGAACAAUAGCACGCCAAGUGUAGCACGCAUGACUUUCACACCGACAGCUAAGCAACAACAUUUUAAAGCACGUGCAGAGGUAGAUGAAGCUGCUGGAGACCAACCACUCAUGAUACUUCAUAUGCAGCUACUGCCAUUUUGUGCAGUUAAUUAAAAGAAAAAAACUCAUCAGGAGGUUGCCUACAUCCACAAUUGUUAUUGACAAUCUGACUCCUCGGUAAUUAUUAUUAAUUUGGUAAUUAAUAUUUGAUUUUGUAGAUAACACACCACGACUAUAGGAGACGCUGUAGGUAAAAGAAUGGAGGUGUUAAUUGGAGACUAUGUCGAUGCCAUAUGGGAAUGACAAAACUCUGAACUAACGUGUAGAAGGUGCUACUACGUGCUUGGUAGAAGCGUUCCAGCAGGAACAGUCCAGGUGAUGGUCAUAACCAACCGUGAAUAUAUUCUGUGUAGUUGUUUGACUAAUACUUUACUCUUUUAUUUUUAAAUACAAGUUUGUUUUGUGAUUUUUUUUUCCAACUGGGUAGAGAUUGUUUGUUUUCUCUGUGUCAUUCUGGAUGGCGUGAAUUUAAAAAUGUGCAAGCAAGUGGCUCCUCUUCGUGUCGUAUGAAAAAGUAUUCUGUCUGUCGGAUGAUAUUCUCUCCCUGUGGAACCUGUCAACUUGUGAUUUAAUGCAACUAAUCAUGGUGUGUGAGACAAAGAGUAUUUGUAGAACGAAGAGAUAAAUAAAUCAAAUAUUUUAUGGC